AGCCGUUUGCGUGCGAGUUCUUCAAGCUGUGCUGGCACGAGGUCUUGGCCCAUGAGGACAAGUGGUCCAAGAACUCGAUCGACGAGAACCUUUUGAUCAUGGAGUGGUACCUCGACGACGUCGCGUCCCUCGACACGGAGAACCACUGGCUCGGCCACCGACUGCCGCCGGCGCUCGUCUCGGUCGUCGACAGUUUUCUUUACCACCGCUGCCGCGGCACGUACACGCUGCUCACUUUGCGCAAUGACGAUGUCGUCUGGCAGCUCGAGCACGUCCCGCUCUGUUUGCUCCAAGCGCUCGAGGUCCAGCCUGCGAUAGCCCAACGGCCGUACAUGGAUGCACUCGUGCACCUCAUCGACCGACACGACAUGGACGACCUCUUUGAGUGGGACGAUGCGCUGAGUGUGACGGGCGGCUACAGUCUCCUCAUCUGCAUGAAUCGCCUUGGCCGCUGCGACGAGACCUUCUUGGCCAAGAUGCGGAUUCUGUGCUCGUUCCGCACCAUCAUGGCCAUUUCGCAGCUCGUCACCCAGGAGCCGGUGACACCAUUGACGGCCGAGAUCCUAACGAGCUUUCUCGUCGAUGACGCGACCAACGUCAUCGACGAAGCGCUCGACAACAACGUCAUCGUGCGACUUGUCAUCGCCACGAUCGACGCGCUCGUCGUGCUUGCCCCCGAGAAAGUCCCGGAUUUCAUGACGCACUGGGUGUGCACCGUCAACUCGCUGGACGCCAACCGGCGCAAACUCUACCCAAUCGUUCGGGCGUUGGCGCAAAAGUUCGCCCUAGUACCGCUCUAUGCGAAGAUGACAGUGCUCCUGGCGACGCUCUGUCGAACGGUCUUUACUGCCUCCGGGAUCCGCCCCGAGCUGCUCCCAACUGUCGUCGCCGACUUUGUCUUGGGCGAUGUGCCUCUGGACCCGACGCACUGCAGCCAGUGCAUGGACGCUGCCAUCUUCUUGAAAAAUGGGGUUGCGAUUCAAUUCCAACGAAACACUCGGAUCUGCGCCGACAUUCGAGCGCUGGCCAACGCACAUGCGGAUCGACUCACGCUCCAAUGCAGCGACUGGUCGGACGCGUACGAGCUCCGGAAAGUUCCUGGCCAAGCGACCGAAGCCGAGCGGAUCCAGUACAUUCGAGCGCACGGCGACCAAGCACACGACAUCACGUGCGUUGCGACGCUCGACACACUGCUCGCAGCGUUGACGGCGAGGGAACGUGGGGACCAAACGUGUACGUCCCGACCUCACAAGCGCCGCCGUAGUGACGGUGCUUAGCGUGGUCUCGCAACGAGCAUGGGGUGGCAUCCACCGCGACUUGGAUUCGACGUACAGGAUUGAAACUCGAUGUACAUCGACUUGAAACAUAUUGAACUCAAC